AUGUCGACAAUCUCGCGAACAUUGUCCAACCUGCGCAAGGUUGGAAUCAAGGCAGAUGCUGGUAUUACAUCGGUACGCUUUCUCGAUGAUCCGCCGAUUCGUCCACUGACACACGCAGGUGAUACCAAGGCUGGUCGUCUGAUUGGCACCGAUCGCGCCGGCAACAAGUUCUUCGAGAACAACGAGGAACUCCCCCUCCGAACACGCUGGGUCGAGUACGCCAAGCACGACUACGACGCCGCUCACAUUGAGCCCGGAUGGCACGCCUGGAUCAGCUACAGCGUCGAUAAGCCUCCUACCGAGGAUCCCCUACUACAAGCUGGUGUCCGAGCCUUUGAGCCCUCACGCGCCCUCCCCAACUUUACCCAGACCCGCGGCGCUUUCAAGACUUACAACACUUCCAAGUCCAAGAUCUCGGCAUGGGAGCCUGUGGCGGCGCCUCGGGCAUGA